AACACAGCCAUUCCUCAGUCCGUAUAAAUGCCGCUGCGCGAGUAUUGCUCGGGUAGCACAGUCGAUCAAAUCUAGCACCUCGCUGUGAACGAAGUCUCGCGGCUCACUCAAAGACAAGGGAGUCCAGAAAUUCCCCGUCAAACGACUGGGGCGACAAGUCAUGGAUAGCUUUUACAAGCAGCAGAAGCAAGCAAAAGCAGGCAAAGCUUCUGUGAGAGCACAAAAAAUGACGGGAAGGCAGGACAAGCCGCUCCCGUCAUUGCCCUCAGAGGCGAUUCCCGAGGUUGUGAUCGAGGUGGAGGGUGAUAGUACAGUAUUCGACAAUGGAGAGAGUGCAUACUGGGUAAAGACUGGAGGUCCUCUUCUCGGGGCAUUUCAAUCGUCAGUAAAUGGCACACCGACAGCGUCUGCGGCAGGUUCAACCACAUCGCUCUUGCUUGAACAGCACAAGACUGUUCUCGCAUAUGAAUGGGCAAGUGCGUUGACGCCGGGACUGCUCGACAAACGGAUGAGAACAGCGUCAUUGGUCUCCCACAUGUCAUCUUCCGUGCAGAGUUUGGGCCUUAUUGUUUCAGCGGAUGACCGCAGAACGACCGAGGGCCACAGCGCGGAAUCCUCAUUAUUCGUUUCCGAAAUGAAUCUCCACUGCAACGUUGAUACCGUCAGUGACGCAGACGAUGGCUCCAAGGCGCCCAUAUGUGAACCGCUCGAGACCAGGACCAUGUGUUGCGCGAAGGAAGACAAACAACGCUGUCUCUCCUAUUCGUACCGACGAAAGGGUGGUUUUGGCACGCGAUUCGGAUACCAUAUAUUGGCCGGUGCUAUUAUAGACGUGCAGGCGGCUGUUGACGCAUAGAAUCAGAUUUGUGGGACAGACAGACGAGAACGCU